AUGAUUGAGAAGCAAGGAGCUGCGAUAUUGAGCUGCGAUCCAGGAAGGGACCAAUGGAAUACCGUUAUGGGAACUUUCUGGAAGAAUCAAACGACAGUCCCAUCUGGAGGACUUUAUCUGUAUCGGUAUGAUGCGCGAAAGUAUCCAAGUACCCAUGGACUCUUUCCGAUCGAGCUUCAAAAUUUUGCCGACGAGUCCAAGUUUCAUCCGCUUGGCAUAGAGUUUCAAGAGAUCAGUUCUACUCUCAUCGUUGUCAAUCAUCACUUCGAGGGCGCACGAAUUGAGAUAUUCAAAGUGGAUAUUACCUCACAUCAACCGGUGGCCAGACAUACCAGGACGCUCAUCGACCCACUUAUCAAGACGCCGAACUCUAUCAGUGCUCUGAAUGAGCACGAAUUUUUCGUUAGCAAUGAUCACUACUUUCGGAUUGAGAAGAACCCAAUCUUGGCUAAGGUGGAAACCUAUGGCGCUAUCCCGUUAGGAAAUAUUGUCUACGUGCAUCUGCACAAUGAUACGUCUGCUUCGCUCAAAUCCGUUGUCAACAUGCCAUACCCUAAUGGCAUCACACUUCUAAACGAUUCCAUGCUCGCAGUGGCAGCAACCAGCUCCUGUCAAUUUCAACUUUUCAAUAUAAGGUCGGACAAAACACUUGAAUUGACCGAGACGGUCAGAGUACCGAUGAUGCCAGACAACUUAUCAACCGACCAGAAGGGUAAACUGCUAAUCAGCGGUCAUCCCCAUCCACCGACUUUGGACAAUAUGGUGAAAGAUCGGACUCAAUGUUUGGAACGCCUCUCUGGCGAUGUGAGCGAGUGUCUCACUAUGAGCGUUCCGAGCUGUGUGAUUGAGUGGACCGAAGCAGAUGGUAUUAAAACUCUGUAUAGGACUGCUGCUGAGUUUGGGUCUAGUUCUACAUCUGUAAGAGACAAUGCAUACGGGCUAGGCUUGAUAACAGGUCUUUAUGAGAGAGGGAUUAUGGUCUGGAGGGAGUGA